AUGCACCCCACUUCUCUGAUAAUAACAACAAGCCUAAUCAUUAUCUUCUCACUGCUAGCAUACCACGUGUUUACAACCCUUUCCCCUCGCCCCCAAGCCCCCGACUGGGCCCUUACGCAGGUUAAAACCGCAGUUAAACUAGCAUUUUUUGUCAGCCUCCUCCCUCUUUUCCUAUUCAUGAACGAGGGGGCCGAAGCUAUUAUUACCAACUGAACCUGAAUAAACACCCUAACCUUUGAUAUCAAUAUUAGCUUAAAAUUUGANCACUAUUCAAUCAUUUUNACCCCAAUUGCCCUCUACGUAACAUGAUCAAUCCUCGAAUUCGCAUCAUGAUAUAUGCACGCAGACCCCUUCAUAAACCGUUUCUUUAAAUACCUUCUAGUCUUUCUCAUCGCUAUAAUUAUUCUAGUCACAGCUAACAACAUGUUCCAACUCUUUAUCGGNUGGGAAGGCGUAGGAAUCAUAUCCUUCCUCCUUAUCGGCUGAUGGUAUGGUCGAGCCGACGCAAACACAGCUGCUCUACAAGCGGUAGUAUAUAACCGAGUGGGGGAUAUCGGACUCAUUCUUGCCAUGGCAUGAAUAGCAACUAACCUAAACUCUUGAGAAAUGCAGCAAAUGUUCGUAACCGCUAAAAACUUCGAUCUAACCCUCCCACUUCUAGGACUGAUCGUAGCUGCCACUGGCAAAUCAGCCCAAUUNGGCCUUCACCCAUGACUCCCCUCUGCUAUGGAGGGCCCCACACCGGUCUCUGCCCUACUGCAUUCCAGCACUAUGGUUGUUGCAGGGAUUUUCCUCCUAGUCCGAAUGAGCCCCUUGAUAGAAAACAACCAAACAGCCCUAACCCUCUGCCUAUGCCUAGGAGCCCUAACNACCCUCUUCACCGCCACCUGUGCUCUCACCCAGAAUGAUAUCAAAAAAAUUGUUGCAUUCUCAACAUCAAGCCAGCUAGGACUUAUGAUAGUAACAAUUGGCCUUAACCAGCCUCAACUUGCCUUCCUACACAUCUGCACACACGCAUUCUUUAAAGCCAUGCUCUUCCUUUGCUCUGGGUCUAUUAUCCACAGCCUAAACGACGAACAGGACAUCCGAAAAAUAGGAGGAAUGCACCACCUUACCCCAUUCACCUCCUCCUGCCUAACCCUAGGAAGCCUAGCUUUAACAGGAACGCCCUUCCUAGCUGGGUUCUUCUCAAAAGAUGCUAUCAUCGAAGCACUAAACACAUCACACCUUAACGCCUGAGCCCUAACACUCACCCUUAUUGCCACCUCCUUCACAGCCAUCUACAGCCUCCGAGUUGUCUUCUUCGUAUCUAUGGGACACCCCCGAUUCAACUCCCUCUCACCUAUUAACGAAAACAACCCAGCAGUAAUUAACCCUAUCAAACGUCUAGCAUGAGGCAGCAUUAUCGCCGGCCUUCUAAUUACUUCAAACAUUACCCCUUUAAAAACCCCAGUUAUGUCCAUACCACCCCUGCUAAAGCUAGCGGCCCUAGCCGUCACCAUUCUAGGCUUAAUUAUUGCCCUAGAACUGGCAUCCCUGACAAGCAAGCAAUUUAAACCUACCCCAAUGCUUACAACCCACCACUUCUCCAACAUACUAGGCUUCUUCCCUCACAUUAUCCACCGCUUCACACCCAAACUUAACCUAGUAUUAGGCCAAGCCAUUGCCAGUCAAAUAGUUGACCAAACCUGACUAGAAAAAUCAGGCCCUAAAGCUUUAGCCACAUCAAAUCUUCCCCUAAUUACCACAACAAGCAAUGCCCAGCAAGGUAUAAUUAAAACCUACCUUGCCCUAUUCCUCCUUACCCUCACCUUUGCAACCCUCUUAAUCUCCUACUAA